CCACAACGGGGUGAUCGCCGUCUUCCAGCGCAAGGGGCUGCCCGACCAGGAACUCUUCAGCCUCAAUGAGGGCGUCCGGCAGCUGCUGAAGACAGAACUGGGGUCCUUCUUCACAGAGUACCUGCAGAACCAGCUGCUUACAAAAGGCAUGGUGAUCCUUCGGGACAAGAUCCGCUUCUACGAGGGGCAGAAGCUGCUAGACUCGCUGGCAGAGACCUGGGACUUCUUCUUCAGCGACGUGCUGCCCAUGCUGCAGGCCAUCUUCUACCCUGUGCAGGGCAAGGAGCCGUCGGUGCGCCAGCUGGCCCUGCUGCAUUUCCGGAACGCCAUCACACUCAGCGUGAAGCUGGAGGAUGCGCUGGCCCGCACCCACGCUCGUGUGCCCCCUGCCAUUGUGCAGAUGCUGCUGGUGCUGCAGGGGGUGCAUGAGUCCAGGGGCGUGACGGAAGACUACCUGCGCCUGGAGACGCUGAUCCAGAAGGUGGUGUCGCCGUACCUGGGCACCUAUGGCCUCUACUCCAGCGAGGGACCCUUCACCCACUCCUGCCUCCUGGAGAAGCGUUUCCUGCGCCGCUCCCGCUCGGGAGACGUGCUGGCCAAGAAUCCGGUGGUGCGCUCCAAGAGCUACAACACGCCGCUGCUGAACCCCGUGGCAGAGCAUGAGGCGGAGGCCGCGGCGGCUGGCAGCACGAGCAUCCGCAGGCACUCAGUGUCCGAGAUGACGUCCUGCCCCGAGCCCCAGGGUUUCCCCGACGCCCCUGGCCAGGGCCCCGCGGGGGCCUUCAGGUCCUCCCCCACGCCCCACUCGGGGCCCUGCCCCAGCAGACUGUACCCCCCGACUCAGCCCCCUGAGCAGGGCCCAGACCCCGCCCACGGCUCCCCGCCCCCCUCCAGCCCCGAGAACUUGGUGGACCGGAUCCUGGAAUCCGUGGACUCGGAUUCCGAAGGGAUUUUCAUUGACUUUGACCGGGGCCGCGGCUCCGGCGUGUCCGACUUUGAGGGGCCCGGGGGCCGGCAGAGCGUUGUGUGAGGCCUGGAGGCCGGCAGAGCGUUUUUACCGACCCCCGUGCGCGCGCGUGUCCGUGUGGUGUGUGCGUGCGUGCGAGACUUUUUUACUCCGUCCAGGCCAGCGCUCCUAUCGACCUCGUCGCUGGCCUCCGUCACUUUGUAUUCCCGAUUGUGCUGGAAAUACCAUCUGCCUCUCCU